AUGUCUACCGACCAAAAUACAGUCACGGACUAUGCCAAUCAAACGGUUCAAAGCCUUGGCGAGAAGUUGUAUUUGGACGAUAACACAGCUGAUGUGUAUUUUGCCGUAAAAAUUGGUAACAACGACGAUGCAAUCGAACGAAUUCCGGCGCAUAAAUGUCAAUUGGCCGCGGCUAGCAAUGUAUUCAAAGCAAUGUUCUUCGGCGACAUCAAAGAAUUGGGUGACGUGAAAUUGACCGAUAUCCACGUCUCCGCAUUCAAGGAGUUUCUUCAAUUUUUCUACCUCAGUCGAGUUCAGUUGACAAUGGAAAACUUCGGCGAGGUCAUGAAUUUUGGACAGAAGUAUAAUGUAUCCGAAUGUUUGAGCGUUGGCCACCGAUUUUUAAGAUAUAAUCUCACCGUUGAUGACGUAUGCUCCGCUUAUGAUACUGCUUUAGUUCUUGAUCUCAAGGAGAUGAAAGAAAUGUGUGAAAAAGUGAUUUCCAUCAAUACCGAAGAUGUAUUCCAAUCCGAUGGCUUUCUGAACUGCACCGUCGGAACGCUUCUCAAAAUUUUGAAACUGGAUCUACUGUCGUGCUAUGAAACAGAUGUAUUUAAGGCGUGUGUAUCGUGGGUCAAAGCAACGAGUCAACAAAAUGAAGUCACCAAAGAAUUAAUGCAAAUACACCUCGGUGAACUAUUUUAUGAAAUUCGCUUUAGAUUGAUGUCGUUUGCGCAGUUUUCUGAACUUAUUGCAUCAUUUGGACAUCUAUUUUCAGCCGAUGAACUCAGGGAAGUUAUUCAGAUGAUUCCAUCCAAAGAUUUUGAACCAAAAUUGUUCAACAACAAAUUACGCGGAGUAGAAUGGAAUGAAACAAAGAUAAUCGAGUAUGUUAAAGAUUUGAAAGGUGGAUUUGGGAACAGAUACCUCCACCUUUUGUUUCAAAAUUAA